AACAGCCAACAACAGUGAGGUUAACGUUAACGUUAGCCUAAUAACGCUCCUGUGGUAUGAUUGGUAAAUCCGGAUUUUGAACUAGAUUUGCUAAUACUUAACUGAGCCAUUAUGUUUAAUUAAGUGUUAAUUUAACGUUAGACAUUCGUUAUAAAUAUAGCUAGCACUUUAUUCUCCACGUUAGCCUUCUCUGUUCGGUGGCCAGACGGGGAAAGUACCGUUCUCGGACUGUAUGUAAAAACGCUUUUCGGUUUUCCAGAGGAGCUUUAAUGCAACAGUGAAUUGUUACACAUGCUUAAUGUAACGUUAGGAUGACAGGAAUACCAGCAUAUACUAAAUGCACUGGUGGACGGUAACUAAGUAGUACUAGUACUAACAGGUGCUGUUCAGAUUUUGUAACUGACUGAGACUUAUACGGCCUAGAGAGAAAUCCACUGCUCCCCUCCCCGACCUCCUGUUCCUCUUACCAUGAAUGAAGUUAAUAUAGUCAGAGAGGGCUGGCUUCACAAAAGAGGUGAAUAUAUCAAAACAUGGAGGCCCAGGUAUUUCAUCCUGAAGAGUGACGGUUCCUUCAUCGGUUACAAGGAGAAGCCUGAUCUAAACGACCAAACGUCACCACCACUCAACAACUUCUCAGUGGCAGAAUGCCAGUUAAUGAAGACUGAAAGACCCCGGCCCAACACGUUUGUCAUCCGUUGCCUACAGUGGACAACUGUCAUUGAACGCACCUUUCACGUGGACACCAAUGACGAGAGAGAGGAGUGGAUGCGGGCAAUCCAGUCUGUGGCAAAUAGUCUGAAGAUGAGAGAACAGGAGGAGGAGGAACCAAUGGAUGUGUUUGGUUCGCCCAGCGAAAGCAGUCUGGAAGAGAUGGAGGUGGCUAUGUCCAAAAGCUGCCCCAAAGUGACAAUGAGUGACUUUGAGUACCUGAAGCUGCUUGGGAAGGGGACAUUUGGGAAGGUAAUUCUGGUCAAAGAGAAAUCCACCGGUGUACAUUAUGCCAUGAAAAUACUGCGCAAAGAGGUCAUCAUAGCCAAGGAUGAGGUGGCCCACACAGUUACAGAGAGCCGAGUGUUACAAAACACACGACACCCCUUCCUCACGACACUGAAAUAUGCCUUCCAGACCCACGAUAGACUCUGUUUUGUAAUGGAAUAUGCCAAUGGAGGCGAGCUCUUCUUCCACCUUUCCCGGGAAAGAGUGUUCACAGAAGACCGGGCCCGCUUCUAUGGCGCCGAGAUUGUGUCAGCGCUUGAGUACCUCCAUUCAAGUGAUGUUGUUUACCGUGAUCUGAAGUUGGAGAAUCUGAUGCUGGACAAAGACGGCCACAUCAAAAUCACAGAUUUUGGUCUUUGUAAGGAGGGCAUUACCCCUGAUGCUACAAUGAAAACCUUCUGUGGAACUCCUGAAUAUCUGGCACCUGAGGUCCUGGAAGAUAAUGACUAUGGCAGGGCGGUGGACUGGUGGGGUCUGGGUGUAGUCAUGUAUGAGAUGAUGUGCGGCCGUCUGCCUUUCUACAACCAGGACCAUGAGCGUUUGUUUGAGCUCAUCCUUAUGGAGGAGAUCCGCUUCCCCAGGAACCUGUCACCCGAAGCCAAGUCCCUGCUGGCUGGCCUGCUCAAGAAGGACCCCAAACAGAGGUUAGGUGGCGGCCCCGAUGAUGCCAAAGAAGUAAUGAGUCACAAAUUUUUCCUCACCAUCAUCUGGCAGGAUGUCGUACUGAAGAAGGUAAGCCAUCAUGAGGUUAGAGGAAGUGAAGCUGAGGUUACUCCUGGCUGGCUUCAUAUCUGUGAUAUAGACACUUUCAUCAAACUUUAAAAAUUCUCACCUCCA